GUGCGCUCGACUUCGCUCGCAUCCGACAGGCAAAGGAGGGCUGUCCUGUGUCUCGCUGUUCUGAUCUCUCGAAAGUUCCAACAUGCCGAAGGUAGUAAAACAGGAGGGUGAUGAUCCCGAUCCCACCCCCUACCUGUUCGUCUCCCUUGAGCAGAAGCGUAUUGACCAGACUAAGCCUUAUGAUGCGAAGAAGGCAUGCUGGGUACCCGACGAGGCCGAGGGAUUCGUCCAGGGUGAGAUCAAGGCCACAAAGGGAGAUCUCGUAACCGUCACCCUCCCCAACGGCGAGACCAAGGACUUCAAGAAAGACUUAGUGGGCCAAGUGAACCCGCCCAAGUACGAAAAAUGCGAGGACAUGUCCAACUUGACCUAUCUGAACGACGCUUCAGUACUGUAUAACCUCAAGCAAAGAUACUAUCAUAAACUGAUCUACACGUACUCCGGCCUCUUCUGUGUGGCUAUCAACCCCUACAAGAGGUUCCCCGUAUACACCAACCGCUGCGCCAAGCUGUACAGAGGCAAGAGGCGUAAUGAAGUCCCUCCCCACAUCUUCGCCAUCUCUGACGGAGCCUACGUCAACAUGCUUACCAACAAAGAAAACCAGUCUAUGCUUAUCACAGGAGAGUCUGGUGCGGGAAAGACUGAGAACACGAAGAAGGUAAUUGCGUACUUCGCAACCGUCGGUGCUAGCACCAAGAAACCUACUGAGGAACAGUCCAAGAAGGGAACCCUGGAAGAUCAAGUCGUACAGACUAACCCCGUACUUGAAGCCUUUGGUAACGCUAAGACAGUCCGAAACGACAACUCCUCCCGUUUCGGUAAGUUCAUCCGUAUCCACUUCGGCCCCUCUGGAAAACUGGCCGGAGCUGACAUUGAGACAUAUCUGCUGGAGAAGGCUCGUGUCAUUUCCCAACAAGCCCUGGAGAGGUCCUACCACAUCUUCUACCAGAUCAUGUCCGGCGCUGUUCCUGGAGUCAAACAAAUGUGCGUCCUGUCCGACAACAUUUACGACUACUACAACGUCUCCCAGGGAAAGAUCACCAUUCCCAACGUCGAUGACGGCGAGGAGUUGACUCUCACGGAUCAAGCCUUCGACGUCCUGGGUUUCACCCAGGAGGAGAAGGACGACAUCUACAAGAUCACCGCCUCUGUAAUGCACAUGGGUGGCAUGAAGUUCAAGCAGAGGGGUCGAGAGGAGCAGGCUGAGGCUGACGGCACUGAGGAAGGUGACCGUGUUGCCAAGCUGUUGGGUGUUGACUGCGGCGAUCUCUACAAGAACUUGUUGAAGCCCAGGAUCAAGGUCGGUAACGAGUUCGUGACCCAGGGCAGAAACAAGGACCAGGUCGCCUAUUCCGUUGGUGCCCUUUCCAAGGGUAUGUUCGAUCGUCUCUUCAAGUUCCUCGUGAAGAAAUGUAACGAGACCUUGGACACGAAGCAGAAGAGGCAGCACUUCAUUGGUGUACUGGAUAUUGCUGGCUUCGAAAUUUUCGACUUUAAUGGGUUCGAGCAACUCUGCAUCAAUUUUACCAAUGAAAAGCUGCAACAAUUCUUCAACCACCAUAUGUUUGUCCUCGAGCAAGAAGAAUACGAACGAGAAGGAAUUAAGUGGGAGUUUAUAGAUUUUGGUAUGGACCUUCAGGCCUGCAUAAACCUUAUCGAAAAGCCUAUGGGUAUCUUGUCCAUCCUUGAGGAAGAGUCUAUGUUCCCCAAAGCUACUGAUAAGACCUUUGAGGAGAAGUUGAUGAACAACCACUUGGGCAAAUCUCCCAACUUCCAGAAGCCUAAGCCACCAAAGCCUGGUUGCCAGGCUGCUCACUUCGCCAUCGGUCACUACGCUGGCGUUGUCUCCUACAACAUCACUGGAUGGCUUGAGAAGAACAAGGACCCCCUGAACGACACUGUAGUCGACCAGUUCAAGAAGGGUAACAACAAGUUGUUGGUCGAGAUCUUCGCGGAUCAUCCUGGACAGUCUGGUGGUGCUGACGCUGGUGGUGGCGGCAAGGGUGGAAAGCGAGCCAAGGGUUCUGGAUUCUUAACCGUCUCCAUGCUAUACAGGGAACAGCUGAACAACCUGAUGACCACCCUGAGGAGCACCCAGCCUCACUUCGUCCGUUGUAUCAUCCCCAACGAAUUGAAGCAGCCUGGUGUAAUCGACUCCCAUCUGGUAAUGCAUCAGCUCACUUGUAACGGUGUACUUGAAGGUAUCCGUAUCUGUCGUAAGGGCUUCCCCAACAGAAUGGUAUACCCUGACUUCAAGCAGCGGUACAAGAUCCUCUGCCCCGCCGUUGUCAACAAGGUGAUCGCAAAUGAGGGCGACGACAAGAAAGUGUGCGAGGCUGUUUUGGACGAAGUUAAACUCAAUGCUGAGAGCUAUCGUCUGGGACACACCAAGGUGUUCUUCCGUGCCGGAGUCCUGGGUCAGAUGGAAGAGUUGCGAGACGACCGUCUGGGCAAGAUCAUGGGAUGGAUGCAGUCCUACAUCAGAGGUUACCUCAGCCGAAAGGAGUUCAAGAAGUUGCAGGAACAGAGGUUGGCCCUCCAGGUCGUACAGCGCAACUUGCGCAAGUACCUGUCUCUGCGCACCUGGCCCUGGUGGAAGAUGUGGCAGAAGGUCAAGCCCCUCCUCAACGUCACCAACGUGGAAGAGGAGAUGCGGAAACUAGAAGAGAAGGUGGCUAAGGCCGAGGAGGCUUACAAGUCUGAGGUUAAGGUUCGCAAGGAAUGCGAGGCCCUCAACGCUAAGCUCUUGGAGGAGAAGACCAACCUUCUGAAGAGUCUUGAGGGAGAGAAGGGAGAACUUGGACAAGUUCAGGAGCGUGCCAACAAGCUCUCUGCCCAGAAGGCCGACUUGGAGAGCCAACUCCAGGACACCCAGGACCGCCUGCAACAGGAAGAGGAUGCCAGGAACCAACUGUUCCAGCAGAAGAAGAAGCUGGAACAGGAAGUCGCUGGACUCAAGAAGGACAUCGAGGACCUCGAACUUGCCGUCCAGAAGUCCGACCAGGACAAGGCCACCAAGGACCACCAGAUCCGCAACUUGAACGACGAGAUCGCCCACCAGGAUGAGCUCAUCAACAAGUUGAACAAGGAGAAGAAGCUGUCCGGCGAGACCACUCAGAAGACCGCUGAGGAACUCCAGGCUGCUGAGGACAAGAUCAACCACCUCAACAAGGUCAAGACGAAACUGGAACAGACCCUGGACGAACUCGAGGACUCCCUGGAACGCGAGAAGAAGCUGCGUGGAGACGUUGAGAAGACCAAGAGGAAGGUUGAGGGCGAUCUGAAGUUGACUCAGGAAGCCGUCGCCGACCUCGAACGCAACAAGAAGGAACUGGAACAGACCAUUCAGCGCAAGGACAAGGAAAUCGCCUCUCUGACCGCCAAGCUCGAGGAUGAACAGUCCCUGGUUGGCAAGCUCCAGAAACAGAUCAAGGAACUCCAGGCCCGCAUUGAGGAACUCGAAGAGGAAGUUGAGGCUGAGCGACAGGCUAGAGCUAAGGCCGAGAAACAACGCGCUGACCUGGCUCGUGAACUGGAAGAGUUGGGAGAACGUCUUGAGGAAGCCGGUGGUGCCACCUCCGCCCAGAUCGAGCUCAACAAGAAGCGAGAAGCUGAGAUGAGCAAGCUCCGCCGAGACCUCGAGGAAGCCAACAUCCAGCACGAGUCCACCCUGGCCAACCUCCGCAAGAAGCACAAUGACGCCGUUGCUGAGAUGGGAGAACAGAUCGACCAACUCAACAAGCUGAAGGCUAAGGCUGAGCACGACCGCAACUCCGUGCACAACGAGCUCAACAACACCCGUGCCGCCGUCGACCAGCUCACCAGGGAGAAGGCCGCCACUGAGAAGGUCGCCAAGCAGCUGCAACAGCAACUGAACGACGUCCAGGGCAAGCUUGAUGAAACCAACCGCACCCUCAACGACUUCGACGCCGCCAAGAAGAAGUUGAGCAUCGAGAACUCCGACCUGCUCCGCCAACUGGAGGAGGCCGAGUCUCAGGUGUCUCAGCUCAGCAAGAUCAAGAUCUCUCUGACCACCCAGCUCGAGGACACCAAGAGGUUGGCCGACGAGGAGUCCAGGGAGCGUGCAACUCUCCUUGGAAAGUUCCGCAACCUGGAACACGACUUGGACAACCUGCGCGAACAGGUUGAGGAGGAAGCCGAGGGCAAGGGUGACUUGCAGAGGCAGUUGAGCAAGGCCAACGCUGAAGCUCAACUGUGGCGAUCAAAGUACGAGAGCGAAGGAGUCGCUCGGGCUGAGGAGCUGGAGGAGGCUAAGCGCAAACUCCAGGCUCGUCUGGCCGAGGCUGAGGAGACCAUCGAGUCACUGAACCAGAAGGUGAUCGCUCUGGAGAAGACCAAGCAGCGUCUGUCGACCGAGGUGGAAGACCUUCAACUCGAGGUGGACCGCGCUACUGCUGUUGCCAAUGCCGCUGAGAAGAAGGCCAAGGCCAUCGACAAGAUCAUCGGCGAAUGGAAGCUCAAGGUUGAUGAUCUCGCUGCCGAGCUUGACGCUAGCCAGAAGGAGUGCAGGAACUACUCUACUGAGCUGUUCAGGCUGAAGGGUGCUUAUGAGGAGGCCCAGGAACAACUGGAGGCUGUGCGCCGUGAGAACAAGAACUUGGCUGAUGAGGUCAAGGACCUGCUGGACCAGAUCGGAGAGGGAGGCCGAAACAUCCACGAGAUCGAGAAGGCCCGCAAGCGAUUGGAAGUGGAGAAGGACGAACUGCAGGCCGCUCUGGAAGAGGCCGAAGCCGCUCUGGAACAGGAGGAGAACAAGGUUCUGCGAUCACAGCUGGAGCUGUCCCAGGUCAGACAGGAAAUCGACAGGAGGAUCCAGGAGAAGGAAGAGGAAUUCGAGAACACAAGGAAGAACCACCAGCGUGCUCUGGACUCAAUGCAAGCCAGCUUGGAAGCCGAGGCCAAGGGUAAGGCUGAGGCUCUGCGCAUGAAGAAGAAGUUGGAAGCCGACAUCAAUGAGCUCGAAAUCGCUCUGGACCAUGCCAAUAAGGCCAACGCCGAAGCUCAGAAGAACAUUAAGCGGUACCAGGCCCAACUUAAGGACGUGCAGACCGCCCUGGAGGAAGAACAGCGCGCUCGUGAUGAUGCCCGAGAACAGCUGGGUAUCAGCGAGAGGCGAGCAAACGCUCUGCAGAACGAACUGGAAGAGUCGAGGACACUACUGGAGCAGGCCGACCGUGGCCGACGACAGGCCGAACAGGAAUUGAGCGACGCCCAGGAACAGCUGAACGAGCUGAGCGCACAGGCUACCAGCGCGUCAGCAGCCAAGAGGAAGCUGGAGAGCGAACUCCAGACACUCCACGCCGACCUGGACGAGCUGCUCAACGAGGCCAAGAACUCCGAAGAGAAGGCGAAGAAGGCGAUGGUGGACGCUGCCCGACUUGCCGACGAGCUCCGCGCCGAACAGGACCAUGCCCAGACACAAGAGAAGCUGCGCAAGGCGCUUGAGACACAGAUCAAGGAACUCCAGGUGAGACUGGACGAAGCCGAGAACAACGCACUGAAGGGUGGAAAGAAGGCCAUCGCCAAGCUGGAACAGCGUGUGCGAGAGCUGGAGAACGAACUGGACGGUGAACAGAGACGGCAUGCGGACGCCCAGAAGAACCUGAGGAAGUCCGAGCGCCGCAUCAAGGAGCUUAGCUUCCAGGCCGAUGAAGACCGCAAGAACCAGGAGCGCAUGCAGGAUCUGGUAGACAAACUGCAGCAGAAGAUCAAGACCUACAAGAGACAGAUUGAGGAGGCAGAAGAGAUCGCCGCACUCAACCUCGCCAAGUUCCGCAAGGCACAACAAGAACUGGAAGAAGCGGAAGAGAGAGCAGACCUCGCAGAGCAGGCUAUUGCCAAGUUCAGAUCGAAAGGACGAGCGGGAUCAGCGGCGCGUGGUUCCAGCCCGUUGACACACAGACCACCCCCCAUCAGGCCGACAUUCGAUGGCGCUUCUUUCCCACCCAGGUUCGAUCUACACCCUGAUGGGGACUUCUGAGCGCUUCUUUGUUGAUUUGUUACUCAAUGGAUAUGUAUUUAUUUUGAAGAAUGACUAAGUUAUUUAUGUAAAAUAAUUCCAAAGCUAGCCUCGGCUAGCUGCUACAGUUCACGAUAAACCGUACACGCAAACACUAUUAUUAUUAUUAUAUAUAUACAUUGGCUUCUUUAAUGUUAUUUAAUAAAGAAGUUUAAAUCGUGAUAUUGUA